GUUAUCUUCCAUAUAUAAUAACGAUUCUAGUGUCUGUACAAACGCUGUAAGUAUAACAAAUACUUAGUCAAUAGGCGUUUUUGGAAAUGAAGGUAUUCGUUCUAUUGUUCAGUUUGGCGGUUUAUACCGUCAUUGCUGUUCCAUUUGAGAAGGAGAAACAAUAUGGACGGUUUAUUGAAAUUCCCGGUGGAGAUGGGCAAAUGCACCUAGUUGAUUUGGAAGCCGAACCUGACGUGGAGUUUUUGGACGAAAUUGCUAGAAACCCAGCAAAUAACCAAUACUUCCUGUACACAAGACGCAACCCAAGAGUGUCUCAGACGUUAACCAUCAACAACGCUAAUUCCAUCAGAAAUUCCAACUUUAACGCAAACAGACCCACGGUAGUUGUUGUCCACGGCUGGCUUAGCAACCAAAACACCAACAUUAAUCCAACAAUCAGAAAUGCAUACCUCGACAAGAGCGAUGUAAACGUGAUCAUCAUGGACUGGAGAAGGCUAGCUCUUCGUGACUACGUGACUGCCGCAAACGGAGUACCAGCGGUUGGCCGUGGUCUCGGCCAGUUCCUGCAGUUCCUGAACCAAGUGACUGGAGCGCCUUUCACCAGCAUGCACCUUGUUGGGUUUAGUCUGGGCGCUCAUCUUGUUGGUAAUGCGGGUAGACAGCUUGGUGGCAGAGCCGCUAGAGUCACUGGUUUGGACCCAGCCGGUCCUCUAUGGGCCCUUAAUUCAAACCGUUUACGCGCGUCUGACGGCGUCUACGUGGAGGCUAUUCACACUGACGGUGGUACUGCCGGCCUAGGAAUCGGCUCUAGAGUGGCUGAUGCCGACUUCUUCCCGAAUGGAGGCAGGUCUCAACCAGGUUGCGCAACCAGUCUAUGUAACCACAACCGCGCGUGGGAAUUAUUCGCUUCAACUGUAACACGAAACCAUCUAGAAGGAAGGCAGUGCACUUCCAUGACGCAAGUGACGUCUAACACGUGCCGUGGUAGCGCUCUACGUAUGGGCAACGAUGACUUGAACAAACGAGGUUCUGGAAUAUACCGACUCGACACCGCUCGCAGAUAUCCUUAUUAA